AAUUCCUGAUUAGAAUUAUGCAAGCAACAAUCUUUGAAGAAGCAGUUUGUAGGCUGUGCCUAAAUACUGUAAGGAAUUCAAAUUGCCGGGUGAUAGAAGAAGUCAUAAGGGAUGUUCUAAAGAUUGUUUUGCCGAAUGUGAAUUUGGAAGAGAGACUUACACAUGUCAUGUGUACAACAUGUUCCGUAAAAUUAUUUGCCGCUUUUAACUUUAAGUCGGUAUGUAUGGAUACCGAGGACUUAAUUUUUCCUUAUAUUAACGCCAGUAAAAUAUCAGUGAUUGAUUUAAAGGAAGUCUAUCUAAAAGAGAAGGGAAAUAUUCAGUUGACCGAUGUGUCGGAAGAUUGGACAAUCUGUCGAUUAUGUUUUCAACCGGUAACUUACGGAUUUGUGGCACUAAAUGAAGUGGACGUUGAUAUAAUCGAUACAUAUAUACCACAGGUUAAUGUCAAUGCUACCAGGGAUCCUUGUAUAUGCAUGGCAUGCUUUGAUUCGCUUCGUACCCAUGACACUUUUUUAAAGAAUUGUCUUGAUGCACAUGUGAAAUAUUCAAAUGUCGAUAAACAGUCUUACAUUAAAACUGAAGAAAUUCAAAUAAAACCGGAAGACCAUAUGGACGGUGACGCUCUACAGCAGACCUUCUAUAAUGAACCAUUCGAGAAGAGGGACUGUAAAGAUGCACAAGAGGAUGGAUGUAAAGUUGAGAAUGGAGCAGCGAACAAAUGUCACGUGAAAAUCAAGCAGAGGUACCUAUUGAGGCAUAAAAAUAUUUCAAAAAUACGUAUGCACCAGCACGAGUCAUGUAAUUACAAGCCAAAGUGCAAGUCUAACCUUGCUAAGCAUCAGGUGAAGCCCAAAGCAGAAUUGUACAAGUGCAACUUCUGUGAUUUCAAAACGAAAUGGAGGACCAGUUUUGAUAGACAUUAUAUGAAACACAAAGACUCAAACAAAUGUGAUGAGUAUGAUUAUAAAACCAAAUACAAGGUAUUGCCAGAUAAGGGCACUUCACAGCUACCGAUUUAUAAAUGCCAUGGUUGCAACUACGAAUCAAUGAAUAAGAGUAAUUUCACCAAACAUCAGUUAGUACAUAAAGAUUCUUCUCAGGUCCAAAUGUACAGGUGUAAGGACUGCGAUUACGAAACUAAAUACAAGAAUAAUAUCAAAAUUCACCAACUGAAACAUAAAGAUCCUUCGCAGAUUCAAAUGCACAGUUGUACUGAUUGCGAUUACACAACUAAAUACAAACAUCAUAUCAAACAGCAUGAACUGAAACAUAAAGAUCCUUCGCAGAUUCAAAUGUACAGGUGUAACGACUGCAAUUACCAAACUGAAUUAAAGGGUAAGAUGAAAAUUCACCAACUGAAACAUAAAGAUACUUCUCAGGUACAAAUGUACAGAUGUAAUGACUGCGAUUUCGAAACGAAAUACAAGAAUCAUAUCAGUGGGCACCAACUAAAACAUAAAGAUCCUUCGCACAUUCAAAUGUACAGGUGUAGCGACUGUGAUUACGAAUCUAAGUACAGUAGCUAUAUCAAAAAACACCAGUUAAUACAUAAAGAUCCUUCGCAGGUUUAAAUGUAUAAGUGUAAUGACUGUGACUUCAAAACGAAAUACAAGAAAAAUGUCAAAAGGCACCUACUGAUGCAUAAUAAUCCUUCACAGAUUUAAAUGUACAAGUGUAGUGACUGUGAUUAUGAAACUGAAAACAAGUAUACUAUCAAACAGCACCAACUGAAACAUAAAUACCUUUCACAAGUUCAAAUGUACAGGUGUAAUGACUGUGAUUAUGAAACUAAAUACAAGAACAGUAUGAAAUAUCACAUGUUGAAGCAUAAAGAUUUCUUGUAGGUCUAAACGUACAGCCGUAAUAAAUGCGUUUAAAAACCCAAAUAAAAGAGCUCUAUCAUGUGUUGAAGCAUAGUCUUCUCCUAUGCAAAUGUACCGGUGUGAUCUGUGCGAUGUGCUAACUAAGGUUCCUGGCUUGAAAAACAUCGGUUGAAACAUGAAAACCUUACCAAAGCAGAAUCCGGCAAGUGACUAAAAUUUGUAGAAAUCGGUAGUACUUACCUAGUUAUGAACUGAAAAGCUUCCUGUUUCUCACAAUGUAACCACCUGUCGAAUGACAAACGGUUUAUAAUUUCGACAUAUUGUAUUAAAUGUACAUGUACAGUGUGUCCCGUUUUUCAGGUUAACACCUCUGGA